UCUUUUUCCUUUUUUGGUCUUUUUGUUGGUUAUUGCCAUUAACCUGGCAACCAAUAUAAAAUAGCAUUAGUCUGUCUGUGUGUAUUUACAGUUCUUCUCUCUCUUUGGCCUAUGAAUAAUAUUGUAUAUGUGAAUGUAUAAUUUGAAGGAAGCCUAUUAAUUCUGCGGAUGCAAUAGCUAUGGCUAAUUUGAAGGAAGCCUAUUAAUUUUCUUUGGCCAGCAGGUGUGUCGGCAGAAAAAAAAAAGUAUUAGAAGAAAAAGGAGAGAGUGAGUUAAUUAGAAAUGGAAGCCAAAGCAGGAGGUGAAGUGAGGAGACUUCACAUCAUCUACUUCCUCAGUCAUAUGGGUCGGGUCGAUCAUCCCCAUCUCAUUCGAGUCCACCAUCUCACUCGCACUGGAGUUUAUCUACGGGAUGUUAAGCGCUGGCUUACUGAUUUACGAGGAAAAGAGAUGGUGGAAGCUUAUGCUUGGUCUUAUAAAAGGAGGUACAAGACUGGUUAUGUUUGGCAAGACUUGCUGGAUGACGACCUAAUCACUCCCAUUUCUGACAAUGAAUACGUUCUCAAAGGAUCCGAGAUUAUCUCUGCAACUUUUGAUGCUCCUUCAAACAUUCAAUAUGUUCUUGAAAACAAAGCAGCUUCUCCUGUACACAUAGAACAACAACAGGCCCCCAUUACUGAGCUUGUUGAAGAACAUAAACAACUUGAUCAGCCAAAGUCUUCCAAACAAGAUUUUCAAACAUACCCAGAUUCCAAAAUCGAAAUCCCAACAAAGACAUCUUCUGAAAUCAACGAAGAAUCUCCUCAUUUUGGAUCAGACAGGUCCACUUUGACUGACACUGAAUCCGAUGAAAGCAUGAAGAAUAUAGAGGAUCAUUCUUCUUCUUUCUCUUUCAAUUCCAAUCGAGAAAUGAACAAGAAAAUGAUGAAGAAGAAGAAGAAGAAGAACAUGGAUGGCAGAGAUCAAAUGGAAGGAACACCAGCUUCCUCACAUUCAUCAUCAUCAUCCUCAUCCUCAUCAUCAUCAACAGCAACAACAACAACAACAUCAUCAAAAUCAGCCUUCACCAAGAGCAAGAGCCAUUCAAGCGGAGCCUCAUAUGUAUUCAGGAAUUUGAUGAGCUGUGGUGCUGUGGAUACCAACGACACCGUAUUGGUGAUGUUGAACCGUCGCGGUGGUGGCGAUAAAUCUAAUGAAACCAAACGGAGAAAUAGUAGCGAGAAUGUUAUUUUAAAAGGAGACAAGUUGGGUGGGUCCGCCAGAGUUUUUGGAACUUAUUGGCAUCCUCAGCCCAGCGCUUCUUCUAGUUCAAGCAGGAAAAGCUGUGAUGGUGAAAAAGACAACUCAAAGAAGCAGCAGAGCCAGAGCCAGUGUGAAUCCACAAACCAAAAAGCAGUUUCUGCUGCUUACAGACCAGUCCGAGAACCAAUUUGCGCUGCGGGAAGCCAUUCAAGCCAGAGAAAAUGCACUCCCACAUGAAAUCUUGCAGGGGAAUGAAAGCUUUGGCUAAGGCUGCACCAACUUCACUAAAAAAAACACCUUCUCAUUCUAAUUUCAAUGAUUCAGCUUCUGCUUAUCUUUUGACCAACUGAUUAAUUAUUUAGUCUAAAAGUAUAUAGUGCUGAUACCAAGCUUUUUUUUUUUCCUUUUCUUUUUUUCUUUUUUUUCUUUUUAUAAUUCAUUAUUAAAAUGUAAAACUACAGUCUUAGUUACAUUUCCUACAUAUAUAGCAUCCUUCUGUUGUAAUUUUAUUAAUUUUGCAGGCUCUUUGAUUAAAUUCAUGCACUGUACAAUAGAGUUUUCUUAAUUGUAAUGGCAUAAAACAGCCACACUCCAAGUGACAAAUUCUCCGAAUUCCAUAAUGAAAUGGACACAAAAAUACAAAAAAAAAAAAAAAAAAAAAACAAAAAAACAA